AUGCCUGCAGCAGGUGGGGUUGAUGAGGAGCGGUACCCGCAGGAGUUUCCGGAGCUCUUCCCGGCACUGACAGCGGGCGGAGGGAGGGCGGGAGCCCCGGCAGCCGUGUGGCCCGCGGGGGCUGCCCGGGCGGCCCUGCACUACCUCAACUACCGAGCGGCUUCCCCACAGCCCUGCAGGCUCUGGGACAGCUCCGCAAAAGCCACGGUGAAGAACAUCCCAGACUUGGGUCACAAGUAUUACCUGCAGUUCACCACUGAAGACUACAAAACUGGGGAAAAUUCUGGGAGCUGCCUUGCUACAGUGUUGUAUCCAAAGAACAAGUCCCCACCUGUUGUCACUAUCAAGUGUGUUCCUGCCAAAGACCCAAAGGAAAUCCAAGAAGAGGACAAGAGACUUUACCAAAUGAGGCACCAAACCAAACCCAUAACUGGACACAACAUUCCAGACAGCUAUGGGAAUAUUGAACCUGCCCUGGAGCCAGUGUCUUUGGCUGUUGCUGGCAGCAGUUCCAUCAUGUGGGAAAAGUCAAGGGAGAACGUGGGUUACUUCCUGGCCCAGGUCAAGUCCGUGAAGCAGUGGAUCAGAAAAGAUGACCUUCUGAGUUUGACUACACUGUCCUACUCCCACGAAAUCCCAACACAGGAAAUUAUUUCAUGCCACAUGCGCCUCACUUGGCUUCCCAGCCGCUCUCUGAAGGUGAAGCACUUCUGUGCUUCAGAGAACCAGGAGCUCAACGAGGGAUCUGGAAUGGGAUCGGGAUCAGCUGCUGAGGUUUUACAGGAAAGGGGAGCAAAUUUUAACAGAGCUUCUCAGCUUUCUGCAGGUGUAUUAAAUGAGAAAAUCCUCCUGUUAACAGGCCCAGAGUUGUGAUCAUUUUUCUGUACAAGUCACAGAGCAGUGAAUUUGAGUGCUUUCACUCCCUCUGUUUUCGUUCCCAAAUUAAUUCCUCCAAUUUCUUUAAUGGCAAGACUCAACAUUCUGGAGUUCUGCUCAAAACUUUGCUAUGACAUAGAUACACACCACUUGUUUUUUGUCACUAGCAUGCUGUUACUUUUGAAAUGAACACACCCUGUAAGCCAAAGUUAAUAUAUUUGGAUAAAAACCUUGAGAAGGAAUCCGUUGCCAUCCAAUUCCUGCUCUACUAAAUCUAUUACUUUUUGGGGCCAGACAUGCUGACUUUUUUACCUGACAUCUCCAGUAAAAACAGGUUGAGGCUGGGUUUCCUUUCACCACCACUGCUGUUCCACCCCAGCUUUCUGUCCUCUCCCAGCACCUGGAUGUUUUUCUCUCACAUUUGUGAAGGCAACUCAGACAAUACUGAUUUGAGGCAUCUUCUUGUCUCCCCACAUCUGCCAGCAGUGCCUCUCAAGUGGAAAUGCGGGGUGUUGUCCAGCUGUUUGCAGUGGGACACAGUUCUGCUCUCCUCCUUGCACACCAAAGUCUCCCAGUGGGUUUGCAGCAGCUCUGCUGCCCUUCCUUCUCUGGGAACUGGGCCAAACUGUUGGCAAUUUUGUCAUUUUUUAGUACUUUUUUUUCCCCUGUUAGCAAGAUCCCUGCCAGGUGGGAUGAAGUCCCCAUCCUCCUGACACCCUCUGGUCUGUCACUCCGGGUACACGGCGCUCCUGUUGAUCUGUAAUCACUAAACAACGAUUCAAGUGUUCAACACAAAAGCUUAACUGGGGGAUAUUUAGGCUGGGUGAUCUGUUAACCCCCCAAAUUCCAGCAUUUUACACAACUGUAUCAAGUCUGAUCUACUCUGACUGACUGAAGCUUUUUAUAUCAGCACAUAAUAGAAAUUCCAAUAAAUUCCGUGACGCA